GGUGGAGCUGGUCUGUGGAUUUUAUUUUCCUUUUAACCAUAACCAUCUCUCCACAGCCAGUUUGCUGCUGCUACUCUGCUAUGUCUCCACUCACUGGGUGACAUCACUGGAGUUUCCCCUUUUGUGCUAGUAGCAGGCCGAGCAUAAAAACGACAGGGCUUCUGGCAGAAGUCCAUUCUAACAAACGAGCAAAACACAGGACACCUAUCAAGCUACAACUCUGUCAAAACAAAAAAAAGAUAUUUAGGAGAUAUUUGGGCAAAUAUUCAGUAAACUUUUUCAAGAGCCAAGAGUUUGAACCUCGUUCAACAGCAGUAUGGAGGGGUAUGCGACGACACCUGAAGACAUGGAGAGGGGCCCUGUGUACAACACAACGGUGACAGCUGUUGCUGAGGGAAAAGCCUCCAGAGGUUGGCUAUGGAGGCUGUGUGGAGUCCUCUUAAUAGCAGUUCUAUGUGCGGCAGCAGCCCUACUCUUUGCAUGGUGUCAGCAUGGAAGACUGGCAACGAUGCAGGACGAAAUGGAGCCUCAACUGGAGAUACUCAUUGGUGCAAAAGAUACCCACCAUACAUUGAAGCAGAUUGCCGGCAAUGCAAAAGCAGCCAUCCAUUUAGAGGGUGAAUACAAUCCUAAUCUUACCGCUGACACCGUGCAGUGGAGAAAGGAUGACGGCCAGGCUUUUUCCCAGGGCGGGUUCGAGCUUCAGGGGAACCAAAUCCUCAUCCCACACACUGGGCUCUUCUUCGUUUACAGCCAGGCUUCGUUUAGGGUCAAGUGCAAUGGCCCGGGCGAGCAUACCACUCCUCUGAGUCACAUUAUUUGGCGCUAUUCGGACUCCAUCGGGGUUAAUGCUAAUCUUCUUAGCGGGGUAAGGUCAGUUUGUCAACGAAACUACGGUGAUGCUGAGUCCAAAAUUGGCGAAGGCUGGUACAAUGCAGUUUACCUUGGUGCAGUGUUUCAGCUGAAUGAAGGGGACAAACUGUGGACUGAGACCAAUCGACUGACCGACGUGGAGCCUGAGCAGGGCAAGAACUUCUUUGGUGUGUUUGCACUGUGAUGAGAGAGAGGCAGGCCAGAGAUGAAUAUUUGUUAAAACAGUUUUAUGUUAAAACUCUUGUUUUAGUGUUGCAAUUUUAUGGUAACUGAGCCAUCUCAAAGGAGAUUGGUCUAAUCUUAAUGGUUAUUUUUGUAAACUGCAACAGUUUGAGAACUGAUUAUUGUUUGUCCACACAUGAUUGUCCAUUCUCUCUAUUGUAGACUUUUCACCAAAUAAUAUUAUGACUUCUGGUUAUUUAUAUUAACUUAAAAAAAGGAUAUUUACUAUUUAUAUGAAAAUACAAUAGGCUACUGUGGAGUACUGUAGUAUAAGUUAUCUUGAUUCACAUAAGUCUAGCAGUAGCCUAUACUAGGCCUAUCAGAAUACAGUACUACAAUAUUAAGUUAUUUUAUUUAAUGUACUGAUGUACUAAUGUUUAUUUAAAUGUGAUUGUGUUGUAUUUUAUUUGUCACCUAUUCA